AUGCCUACCAGAUUAACCAAGACUAGAAAGCACAGAGGACACGUCUCGGCCGGUAAAGGUCGUGUUGGAAAGCACAGAAAGCACCCAGGUGGUAGAGGUAUGGCUGGUGGUCAACACCACCACAGAACCAACUUGGACAAAUACCACCCAGGUUACUUUGGUAAAGUCGGUAUGAGAUACUUCCACAAGCAACAAGGCCAUUUCUGGAAACCAGUCAUCAACUUGGAGAAGCUCUGGUCGUUGGUGGAAAACAAGGAUGAGAAGCUUGCUUCUAGCAGCAAGGACUCUGCCGUUGUCAUCGACACAUUGGCCUCUGGUUACGGAAAAGUUUUGGGUAAGGGAAGACUGCCAAAUGUUCCAGUUAUUGUCAAGGCCAGAUACGUUUCGAAGUUGGCUGAGGAGAAGAUCCGUGCUGUCGGAGGUGUUGUUGAGCUUGUUGCUUAA